UGAAAUCUAAAAAUAGUGUUUAUUUUUAAUAAUAUUUAAACAUUUUUUUUCUAAGCCCUGAUGAAAUGGCAUCGGCUUUAGAACAAUUUGUCAAUACUGUGAGAACGCUUUCUUCACAUGGGAACUUCAGGGAACUUUGUGAAUAUUUAAAUAAGUCUAGUGAAGUUCUUUUGAAAAAUACUCAACACCUAGAUAAUGUACUAGAAACAUUGGAUAUACAACAGCAUUCUUUAGGCAUUCUUGCUGUGUUGUGUGCUAAAUUUAGUGCACCGAUUACAAAUAGCUCACAAGACAAUCGUUUCUCUCAAACACAAGACUUUAUUUUGGGGUGCAACGGGGAACAAAUUAGAUUUGCGCCAGAUUCAUUUGCAGAAUUAUGUCAUUCUCUAACGAAUUAUUUAGUUGAACAAAGACAACCUUUGAAGGGAAUAAUUCUUUUACAAAAGGCAAUUUCUAAGUUACGCUUAUUUGACUCGCAGCUAACGUCAAUUCAUUCAGACCUCUGUCAGCUAUGUUUAUUGGCUAAAUGCUUUAAACCUGCUUUAGAACUAUUAGAUACAGAUAUUACUGGAAUAUGUCAAGAGAUCUCACAUAAUCCGAAUGGGCCUCAUUUUGACGCCAAAUACUUUUUAUUAUAUUACUACUAUGGAGGAAUGAUAUACUUAGCAGUACGUAAUUUGGAUCGAGCCUUGUAUUUUUUUGAAGUAGCAAUAACAACACCAUCACAUGCAGUCUCGCAUAUUAUGUUAGAAGCAUAUAAAAAAUAUAUUUUAGUGUCUUUGUUAUUACAUGGAAAGAUUCAAGUUAUACCGAAAUAUGCCUCACAAGUCGUUACAAGGUUUAUAAAGCCAUUAUCGCAGCCUUACCAUGAUUUAGCAAAUGCCUUUACCUCUAAUAAUACAGCAGAAUUAAAUACUGUACUUAAUAAGCAUUCAGAGGCAUUCACUAGAGACCACAAUCUUGGUCUUGUAAAACAAGUGUCAUCCGUUCUAUACAAAAAAAAUAUACAGAGGUUGACGAAAACAUUUUUAACACUUAGUCUAUCGGAUGUUGCAAGUAGGGUAGGUCUGUCGAGUCCAACAGACGCUGAACGGCAUAUUUUGCACAUGAUUGAAAAUCAGGAAAUAUAUGCAACCAUAAACCAAAAAGACGGUAUGGUUGUAUUUAGAGACGUACCCGAUAAAUACAGCGGCCCGGAAGUAUUGAAAGGUUUAGAAGAGCAGUUAACUUUAUGUAUGGAAUUAGAUAAACAAAUUUUGGCUAUGGAUGAAGAAAUUCAAGUUAAUCCUCAGUACGUUAAAAAGUCUUCGGGAUUACAAGAUGAAGAGCAACCUAGUAAAAGUACCUAUGCUAUGUAAAAACACAUUUGUAGUCUUAUAUAUUUUUUAAUGUUAUUGUUUUAAGAUUCAGUAAUACAAUAAAUAAAUUAUUGUUUCCGCUGGUCGUAUAUUGAAAUAAAUCAAAUUGUGUAUAAACGAGAUAUUUUUUCAUGUUUUUGUAACACCAAGCAAUGUAUGUAAUUUGGCUUCAUUUCUAAUUAAAAUUUAUUUAUAAUUGCUCCAUAGUUAGUUAUAUUUAUUUUAGUAUUAUUUUUCUUGUUUUUAAUAAGG